AAAAAGACAAUGCGUUCAAACGCCAAAUAUUUAGUGAUUAUUUUAGCCGUCAUUUGUCUAUCGCUGGGAAUUCAACGCAAAAAACUAAAACUUUUAUUAAUUGUGCACCGACACGGGGACAGGACUCCAUGGGUCCCAUACCCGACCGACCCGUUCAACAACGAGGACCAGUACUGGCCCGACGGCUUCGGUCACCUCACGAUUAAAGGGAAACAACGGAUGUACUCAUUGGGCAAAUACCUGCGCAAACGGUACGACAAUUUCUUGGGCACCAGUCCUCGGGAGGCGUGGGUCCGGAGCUCAGCCCGCGAGCGGUGUCUGGAGAGCGUGACUAUGUUGUUGGCCGGCCUCUACCCGCCCACUGGUCGCUGGGUGUGGAACCACCAGUUGGGCCAUAUCUGGCAACCGGUGCCCAUCAAAGCUGUCGAGUUUGAAAAGGACGGCAUGUUAAACCCAGACUCUAACUGUCCGAUGGCUGCCCGUGUGAUGGCACUGAUAGACAGGUCGCCGGCUGUGCAACAGUUGUACCGCAAAUAUAAGCCGUUGAUUGGGUUCAUUGAGCAGAAGAGCGGUAUGAAAAUCCGCCACUACAGGGAUGGUAGGGAUCUGUUUGACACGCUUUACGUCCAGCGCCAGAACCAGUACUCUUUGCCCGAUUGGGUCAACCAAACCGUAUGGAAAUGUUUGCGAAAAUUUCACAAAAAGGCAUUUGUGUUCGACUCGUCCAACGCUGCCAUACGAAGACUCAGAGCUGGUGUUAUACUGAAAGACAUGUGCGAUCAGUUGCGGGACUCAAUUGAUGGCCAGAAAUCUAAACACAACGUUUUUCUCUACUCUACACACGAUUCGCUGCUAUCGGUGUUGUUGUCGGCGCUCAACAUCUACAACGGCAUACCUCCGCCAUACGGAUCGACUAUUAUGUUUGAAUUAUACGAAACCAAUUGCGGGGACGAUCACAAGACAAGUGAUGGUAAACAACAAUUGUCUCCACAAUCACAACAACCAAUUGGUCACAGACUGGAAGUGCAUUACUUGAAUGUCACCGAAUCGGAAAAGUCAUACCUCCUGGCCGUCAAUGGCUGCGCGUUUGGCGCCCGAAAUGAGACAAUGGUUUGCGAUGUGAAACACUUCUUGGAUUCGCUGAAGACAUUGAUUGUCGACAAUUGGAACGACGAGUGCAAAGACACGUAUUGGAGGCGACUCUUUCGGAGCAUUGAAUUAUAGACUCAUUUUAUAUAAAGUUUGAUUUGUUUUGUCAAACAAUUUGAUAUUUU